AUGUAUGCUCCUCGUGCUAAAUUCGAACGUAUUUAUAUUGUUUCACCAGUUAAAGUAGCAAUUAUAUUUUUAAUGGUUCUUCAUUGUCUUUUUUUAUUAAUUGCAUUACUAACAUCAUUUUGGAUUCAAACAAAAUUUGGUCAUUAUGGACCAUUGUAUAGUUGUGAAAAUCGUCUUCAUUGGAAAACAACAUCUCGUCUAUCUUCUAUAACAACUGAAUGUCAAUUUGUUCGAUCAUUUCAUCGUUUAAAUCUCUUAUGGAUGCCUAUAACAGCUUUAUUCAUAGUACUAUCUUUUAUUAUAACAUUAAUUUCUAUUCUUAUAGCUACUUUAUCUUUUAUUAAAACAUCAUUUACAAUUCGUCGUCGUUAUUGGUUAUUUACCAUUUUAUUAUUAUUAAUUGUUUUUCUACUUGAUUCUUUUGUAAUUAUAUUUAUUCCACUUAGUCAUCAUCAUCAAAUCUAUUAUCUACAAUGGGCAUAUGGUAUACAUUGUGGUGCAACAUUAUUUAUUUCCGUAUCGUUAAUAACAGCUAUUCUCACACAUAAUACGGAUGAUAUUCAAUAUAUUGAAGCAAUAGAGGAGUCAUCAAUUGAUAAAUAG